GGUCCGGACACUUGCCUAAGUUUACACCAACACAGGUUGGAAAGCCAGGUGUUGAAUUAUGACGAUCUCUCUACAGAAGGUCUGCUCUUAAUCUCCAUGGUGCUCUUACAACUUAGACUUAUGGAGAGAAUUGAGACAGGUGCAUGGAGAGUAUAUUUAGAAUUAAAUUUGAUUUCAAACUUAGUGGUAACAAGUGUCAGAGUUAGUACUUAAGAGACUGGAAGCUUAAGAGGAAUAUGUGGGUUUUUUCCCAGAUGUUCUUACUGAACCAAACAUUUCUUCAUAGGUAGCAAAUAAAUUGUGCUUUAAAAUAAUCUGAAUUGUAUACCCAGUGGACACUGAGUGUAAAAUUCACUCUAGCAGGGAAACAUAAGUAGAGUCAGAGGAGUCAUUCGACAACAUGGAAGCUGCUUGUUAAAACAUGAGACAAAACAACAUAAACACAUGUUUGGGCUUAGAGGUAAAAUGUAAAAUACAAGUCACAGAUCCACAAAGCCUAUAUAGAGCUGAGGUUAGUUGUUGCAUAUUUACAUUUUAUCAUGAUUAAAUCUUCAAGGAAAGAAAUGAAAUGAAUGAUUAUAUUUAAACAUUCACUUUCGAAAUAGAGGAGAAAUCUUAGCUAUAAGAAGAAAUCUUAAGUUUGUUGAAUCACAAUACAUUGAGUGAAAUCUUCUUACAUAAGACAUUUAAGUCUUGGAUAUAGAUUAAAAAUGUGAAAAAAGAGGAAGAUGGGAUGGUAGACAAUUUUUUAAUGCAUUUAAAAUCUAUCACAAAAGUAAGGAAACAAUAAAUAUUGGCCUCAUCAAUUUCUGCUUUAUAAAAGAAACUGCAUGUAAAUUUAGUUUCUAGUCGUCAUUCUUUAUGGCUAUCUAGCUUUAAUACCAAUUUAUUCAAAUAAAAUAUCAAAAGAAAUAUCUUUAAAUUUUAUAGGGAAGGAAUAAAGUUCAGUAGUCUGUGAUGAAAAACCACACAAUCACAACCUUCAUCCUGUUGGGACUGACCGAUAACCCUCAGCUUCAGAUUCCGAUUUUUAUGUUUCUGUUUCUCACUUACAUGUUGAGUAUAACUGGGAAUCUGACCAUCAUAUCCCUCACUUUAGUGGACUCCCACCUUAAAACACCCAUGUACUAUUUCCUACAAAAUUUUGCCUUAUUAGAAAUUUCAUUUACAACUGCUUGUAUCCCUAGAUAUUUGUACAACAUAACAACAGGUGACAGGUCAAUUACAUACAAUAUUUGUGUUAUUCAAGUGUUUUUUACUGAUGUCUUUGGAGUAACCGAGUUUUUUCUCCUGGCCGCCAUGUCCUAUGACCGCUACGUGGCCAUCUGCAAACCCCUGCAUUACAUGAGCAUCAUGAACAGCAGAGUCUGCAGGAGGCUUGUCCUCUGCUGUUGGAUCUCUGGCUUGUUGAUCAUACUGCCACCACUGACUCUGUUCCUAGAUUUGAAAUUCUGUGACUCAAAUGUCAUUGAUUAUUUUUUCUGUGAUGCAUGCUCUCCUAUUUUGAAGAUUUCAUGCUCAGACACUUGGCUAAUAGAGCAGCUGGUUAUUGUCUGUGCUGUGCUGACCUUCAUUCUGACCCUGGUGUGUGUUGUUCUGUCCUACCUUUACAUCCUCAAAACUAUCCUAAGAUUCCCCUCUGCCCAGCAAAGGAAAAGAGCUUUUUCUACCUGUUCUUCUCACAUGACUGUGGUUUCUAUCACCUAUGGAAGCUGCAUUUUCAUCUACAUCAAGCCUUCAGCAAAGGAAUCCGUGGCUAUUAAUAAGGCUGUGACAUUGCUCAUGACAUCCAUCGCCCCCAUGUUGAACCCUUUCAUCUACACUCUGAGAAACAGACAAGUGAGACGAGCCCUCAGUGAUUCCUUCAAAAAACUUGCACUAAUCGCCAAGAAGUAAGAGAAUGUUCUUCAGAAAUAAAACAUCAAGCCAAACGUAAGCCAUUAUGCACCAAAUCUGUCUCAAGCAUUUAUUGUACCCAGA